AUGGAUGAUUGCCAGAGUGGCGGAGUUAAGAUUUCCUACACAAAACUGGUGGAUUUGGAGUUAAGAGGUCUUAAAGCAAAUAAUUUUUUCUUUGAAUGUCUUGACUCCUUAAAUAAAGCAGGGAUUGAGCCUAAAUUGACGGGGAACAUCAAAUCUGUGUUGUUUCCUGGAAUUUAUCAUGUGGAGCAUUUGUGGAUCGACCUUUACUCCUUUAGUCAGGGCAUGAAGAAAUUUGAGCGGCCAAAGGCAUCAAAAGGUGAAGAUGGGGUCGAUUUGAUCAGUAACAUGCCGGAUUCUAUUCUUCUAUUGAUUCUUUCACUUCUUUCAUCGACUGAAGAAGUAAUUCGUAACAGUAUUUUGUCCAGACGUUGGAGGUAUUUAUGGACUUCAAUUCCCUCCCUAGAAUUAUUUUCCCGAUUUCACAGAGAAGACAAAUUAAAAAAAGACGAAUUCAAAGACUUUGUGUUUUGGGUUUUAGCAAACAGAUCCGUCGAUUUGGAUUGUCUUGAUUUAGGUUGUUUUGAUAACUACACUAUGCCGAGAAUAGGACAAUGGAUUCACAUGGCUAUUAUAAGAAACGUCAGACAACUUCACUUGAUGUUUUACCCUGAGGAGGAAACUGACCAUGUCAAGAUGCCCCAUUGUCUUAUGACUUGCUGUUCUUUGGAGGUAUUAGGGUUAAAUUUGAGCUAUCAUCGUCUAAGGUUAACUAAUAUUAUGGGGUUUCCCGCAUUUAGAGAUCUUGAUUUGAUCUAUGUUGACCUAUUGGGAGAUAGCGAUGUGGUAAACGCUUUUUUUGAAAGCUUCCAUUUGCUUGAGGGCUUGAGUUUGAUAUCCUGCUUCAUGAACGAACGUGGUCUUCUUUAUAUUUCAUGCCCAAAGUUAAAAAUGCUGAGAAUUGAAAAUGAAAACGAUGAGUUGGUGUGUGACAGCAUUAAGAUUUGUUGCCCAAAGCUGGUGGAUUUGGAGUUAAGAGGUCUUUUAGCAAAUAAUUUUUUCUUUGAAUGUUUAGACUCCUUGAGUAAAGCUGAGAUUAAGCCUAAAUUGAUGGGGAACAUUACAUCUGUGUUGUUACCUGGAAUUUAUCAUGUGGAACAUUUGUGGAUCGACAUUUACUCAUUCAGUCAGGUACAUGCUUAA